UGAUUUCUAUCCACGAUGGAUAUGGUUCUACUAAAAUGGGAGAAUAAACAAGAUUUCAUAUUUAGUGAUAAAAUGAUUAUUGAUAGUAUGUUAUUUUUUGUUGACAGGACUUUGGAUAGAGAGAGAGCAGUUUUGCUUCAGCAAAGAAAGCGAGAGCAUUUGUCAGAUGAUCUUCAAACCUGCUACAAUGCUAGAGGCAACAGCGGAAGCCUUUUAUCUGAUGGCGACACCAGUGCAACAGAGAGUUGUGAUGAAGUCCCCAUGGAGCUGUAUACUGCCUUUCAGCACACCCCUACAACACUUACCCUUACUGCCACCAGAGUUACCAAGGUGAAUGAUAAAAAGAGGAAAAAAAGUGGAGAAAAGGAGCCAUGUGUUGCCAAAUACAAGAAGGCAUUUCGUGAAGGGUCUAGAAAAUCUUCCAGAGUAAAGGGUUCUGCACCAGAAAUUGAUCCCUCUGACAAUUCAAGUUUUGGAUGGGAGAGUAAAAUCAAAGCGUGGAUGGACCACUAUGAAGAAGCAAGUAACAACCAAUACAGUGAGGGUGUUCAAAGAGAGGCACAAAGGAUAGCUUUGAGACUGAAUUGUGACCAUGACAAAAAGGAGCAACUCGUUAAGUCAAACUUUAGCACCAGCAAUCUGAUCUUCAAACCACCAGUCGAAAGUUAUCUGCAGAAGAAUAAAAAAAUCCUGAAAGCUGUCAAAGAUUUGAUGCCGGACACCUUAAUUAUUGAAUACCGGGGGAAGUUCAUGUUGCGAGAGCAGUUUGAGGCUAACGGAUAUUUCUUUAAAAGGCCUUAUCCCUUUGUCUUGUUUUAUUCUAAAUUCCAUGGGCUAGAAAUGUGUGUUGAUGCAAGGACUUUUGGUAAUGAAGCUAGAUUCAUCAGGCGGUCUUGCACUCCCAAUGCUGAGGUGCGUCAUGUUAUUGAAGAAGGAACCAUUCAUUUAUAUAUUUACUCGAUUUCAAGCAUUCCAAAGGGGAGAGAAAUCACCAUUGCUUUUGAUUUUGAUUAUGCAAAUUGUAAAUAUAAGGUGGAUUGUGCAUGUCUCAAAGAAAAUCCAGGGUGCCCAGUACUCAAAUGUAGUUCAGAACCCACUGAAAACAUUAGUGGGUAUGAAACUAGGAGAAAAAAGGGGAAGAAAGAAAGAGAUCUUUCUAAAGAAAAGGAAUCGCAAAAUCAAAACCUCAUUAUAGACACUGAGUGUGCAAUCAACAAACUGAAAACACAAGACAGCAAGCAAAGGAAACUCUCUCCACUGAGACUGUCAAUAUCUAAUAAUCAGGAGCCAGAUUAUUUUGAUGAUAUAGAAGAAAAAACUCCUAUUAGCAAUGAAGUAGAAAUGGAGUCAGAAGAACAGAUUGCAGAAAGAAAAAGGAAGAUGACAAGAGAAGAAAGAAAAAUGGAGGCUAUUCUUCAAGCAUUUGCAAGAUUGGAAAAAAGAGAAAAAAGAAGGGAGCAGGCACUAGAAAGGAUCAGUACACCUAAAAGUGAUGUUAAAUUGGAAAAUAAGGACUUACAAAACCUCAGUGAAUCUGAACUUCCUCAGGAACCAGUGAUGGAAGAAACUGCUAACAAGUCUACUCCUGCCAAAAUAAAUCGCACCAAGCAGAGGAAAAGUUUUACUAGGAGUAGAACACACAUUGGCCAACAACGUCGCCGUCACAGGACCAUUAGCAGCUGUUCAGACAUUCAGCCAUCGUCUCCAGAUGUUGAGGUUUCCCCCCAAGUUGAUACAGAGAAUCAAGCACUUAAAGAGGAGCCUGACAAUGAAAAUCCUUUGCCCGUUUCUUCUGUAGCAGUUACUACUGCUGAAAUUGAAGAAGUUAACGAUAUUGAAACCCCAACACAGAAUAAAUGUUCCGCAAAGUAUCCAAAAACAAAAAAGCACUUGGUAAAUGAAUGGUUAAGUGAAAAGCAUGAAAAAUCUGGAAAAUCAGGAGAAAGUUUGCUGGAAAGACCUCUCCGGAUAACCACAGAUCCUGAAGUACUUGCUACUCAGUUGAACUCAUUACCGGGUCUCAUUUAUAGCCCUCAUGUAUACACAACUCCAAAGCACUAUAUAAGAUUUACAUCACCGUUCCUUUCAGAAAAGAAAAAGAAGAAGGAAGAAGAGCAUUCUUCUAGCUGUUGCAAAAAGCGGUGGUUAAAGCAAGCGUUGGAGGAGGAAAAUGCUGUACCUGUUAACCCAUUUGAUUCUCCUGCACAAAACAGAUGUCAAAGUCCAUUUACAUUUAAUGAAAAUAAAUGCCAUUUGGUAUUGAAUGGCAGUUCUCCCCUGGCAGAUUUAACAACCCCAUUAAAGAAGCGAAGAUUAUUCAAUUUGUUGGAUUGUGCAUACUCAGAAACGUCCACCCCUACUGCAUCUCCUUAUGCAACACCCACCCAUACAGAUAUCAAUUCUACUGAUGCAUCACUCUAUGCUACUCCUCCCAGAGUAAAAACAGAGGAUGAAUCCUGUCAAAAUGGUUGCAAGCAGAUCUUCUCCCCGAUUACUCCUGUAACACCUUGCAUCCGUGGAAGUCACAUGCAUUUUGAGAGCGUUUCCUCCCCUGAUAGUUCGCCAGAAGUAAACCGUAGAGUUUGCCGUCAAGAGGGUAUUGAGAAAACCUCUACAAUGCUGUCACUGAAUUCAUUCAAAAACUCUAAUCUGUCCGAAUUGGGUCUACAAGAAAUAAAGACUGUUGGUUAUUCCAGUCCUAGAAAUAAGGCAGAUGCAAGUAGGCAGUCCUCUGGGGAAAAUGAGACUGCACCAGAACUUCAAUUAGGACUCGAUGUAAAUGAGCAUAGUGCUUUACAAAAAAACAUAGAGCCCCUGACCCAGGAACGGACUGAUUCAAACAGCCAACAAGAAACUGCUCUCUGUGGUAGGGGUAAUAUGUUUCCUACUUGGGUACAAAGCCCGGACCGAACAGGUGUGAACUUCUCGCCUAUGAAUUCUAAUUUAAAAGACCUGACCCCUUCACAUCAGUUGGAGGUUGGUGGGGGGUUCAGAAUGAAUGAGUCAAAAUGUUUGAUUCAAGAAGAUUCCAGAGGCAUGUUUAUGGAUGCUUCUAUUAUUUUUUGCUCUUCAGAAGAAGGACUUAUGUCUGGUUUCGGAAGGACUCUUAAUGGCGAUAGCAUUUUGGAUGGAAAUGGAGCACCUCUUAAUCCUCCUCAAAAGAAAAAGGUUUCCUUGUUGGAAUACCGGAAAAGGCAACGAGAAGCAAGAAAAAGUGGCUCCAGACCUGAGAGUUUAUCUUUAGUUUCUUUGUCACCUCAUCCGGACAGUGGUGGUAGUCUAAUAAAUAACUUCACAGCUUCUGAGAACUGUAGUAGUGCUAUGGACAGUAUUGAGCAAAAUGAAAGUCUAGCUAAUUUAGCAUUACCAAUGCCAUCUGAGGUUCCAAAUCUUCCUGUGGAGGAGGUGGACACCAGUUCUCCAGCCAAGGACUCUACAACCAGUGAAAAAAGUGAUCCUGAAGUUCAAUGGACUUCUUCAACUUCUGUUGAACAAGCAAGGGAAAGAAGCUAUCACCGAGCCCUUCUCCUAAGUGACCACAGGAAGGAUAAAGAUACUGAUUUGGACCCCGAAAAUGGGGAUAUUGUAAAGGAAUGCCAAUCCCCAGAAACAAGUCCAUCCAAACAAAACAAGCAGCUUUGUUCCUUGGGACCAGUCCUGUCACAUGGGAAAGAAACAUCAGACAUUCCCCAGGAAAUAGUGAACGAUGCAACAAAUCUCUCUAAGUCAGAGCCACAGCAAAAACAGUUGGCACUUACCAAGUCGCAUCAAACUCCACCUCAUUCACAGAAGUUGCCUUCUACACCGUUAAAGUUGCAUUGUCCAUCUUCACCUCAUCUUGAACAUUCCCCAACGCCCUCUACACCACAAACACCAGUACAGCAUGGUUAUCUUUCACCAAAACCUCAGUCACAACAGCUGGGAUCUCCAUAUAGGCCUCACCAUCCUCCUUCACAUCAGGUGGGGACACCACAAAGAGAAUCCCAUGUAAACUUUUUUCCUGUAGCGCAAAACCUUCAACCUGGCAAUCCCCAGGUUUCAAAUGGACAACUCUUUCCACAGACACAGGCAGGUCAAUGCUCAGCUGUUUAUAGUCCCUUUAAUCAACAGACUGCAAGCAGCUCUGUUCCACCACCUCCCCCACCUCCUCCUGCUACAAAUUACUAUCAAAACCAGCAAUCAGCUGUGAACUUUCAGAAUUAUAGUCAAAUAAAAGGAAGUAUUCAGCAGUCUGUGUUUACGCCUAGUCCAACACAAGGCCACCCUACUCCUACAGGGCAGCCAGCAAUUCAAGGACACCAUGUGAAUUACCUGCCUUCCCAGGGCUCUGCUGUACACCUGCAACCUUCACCUUCAGGAGUUCCUCCACCACCUCCACCCCCACCACUGCCUGGCCCAGUCUCUCAUCCACCACAUCCUGUACCACAUGUUUCAGGUUCUGUUCACCCAGGACCAGUUGCCAGCAGCUCACAUAUUCAUUCUCAAACUUCAGGACACCAUUUACCACCACCUCCCCCUCCUCCACCUGGUCCAAGUCCGCACCAUUCGCACCUUCAACAUGUAACAGCAGGACACCAAGGCCUACAGGCACAACACCAGCAUGUUUUGAAUGCCGCUCCUCCACCACCCCCUCCACCACCACCUCCUCCACAAGCAACAAAUGUUCUAGCAGGUUCUGGACUUCACUCUGCAUCAGCACAAGGUUUGCACAUACAGACUCACCAAGGACCUCCAAUUUUCACUUCAAGUGCUCAUCCUGGCGUUGCCGCAUUCUCCACACAAGCACCUAUUCAUAACUCUGUUGGACCUGUGUCCCAACAUCAGACUUCUUCAUCAGGACCACACCACCAUCUUCCUGCCCAGAAUCCACAUAUUCAGCCGCAAGGACCAAACAACAUUGCAUCAGCUUCUGGGUUUUGUCAGCAUCCUGGUCCUGUUAGCCUCCCCCAUGGGGUGCAAGGACCUCAACAGGCAUCAAAUGUGCCUAGCCAGAUACCAAUUCAUAGACCACAGGUGCCACCAACUUUCCAAAACAAUUACCAUAGCUCAGGAUGGCAUUAAAUUUGGUUCCCUUGUACUUAAAACAUUUUUAAAAUGUUUGUGUAAAAAAAAAAUGUAUAUUUUAUAUGUACCUUAUAAAGGUACUUUUAAAUCCUGUAUAUAAAGAUUUGUUAAAAAAAGAAAAAAUCAAAAAUAAGUGCAUUUUCUUUUUUUUCUGCACCCUGAGAACUGUGUGCUUUUAAGCCAGUAUGGACUUUGUGUUGAGUAAACAUUCCAGUUGUAUUUCUUUUUGCAGUAUUGAUAAUACUGCAUAGUUUGUGUGUGUUUCCUUGCAAAGUUUAAUUCAUUUUAAUGGAUGUUUUCUAUUUGUAUGUUUUAUACUUCUGGGUAAAAUACAUAUGAAAGUGAUAGCACUAACAUGAUUAUACUUUAUUUUAUAUAUUUAUUUUUAUUUUAUUUUUUUUACCCCUCAGUGUGCAUAUAAAUGGAACACAAUACCGGAUUCAAUGUUACAUUGCUUCUUUCAUUGGUUAUUUGUAAAAUUGUAAUUUAAUGUAUAGUUCGGGUUUUAACAACUUCUUGAGAAGUUUUGUAAAUAAUGUAUUUUGCUUUGUAUAUGGCUUAAAGCUUCCACAUUAUUUGAUAAAACAUUGUACAUAUUUUUUUUUUCUGCAAAAAUGCUAUGCUCUUUGUGGAAAAAGUACAGUAUAUAAUUUAACAUGUAAUAUACUGUCACAUUAUUGCACUGGUUGGGCAUUUUAAUUCAUGUGAACAAACACACAAUUAUGUCUGUUUUAUUAAGUUAGUCCUUUCAUACAUUUUACAAAAACUGAAAGUUGAUGCAUAAAUAUAGCACUUAAACUAUACAUUACAAUAA